AUGGGACCAACGAAGAGAAAUAAUACGAAAGCACCCGAUCUGAACAAACGACGUAGACGUGUGUAUUCCUUACAGGAAAAAGUAGAGAUGAUCAAGAAAAUAUACGACGGUGCAAGCUUCGCUGGUGUGGGCCGCGAGUUUGGUGUUAAUGAAUCUACCAUUCGUUCCAUUUACAAAGUGCGUGGAGAUAUAAUGAACGCAUUCACGGAUGCUGCCCCUAGAUCAGUGAAUCGAAUAGUCAGAGUACAUAAAGAUGCUUUUAUUCAGCCCAUGGAAAAGGGGGUUUAUUUGUGGAUGCAGGAUUGUUACAGUAAGCGGCUUCCUGUAUCAACAAAACGUAUCCAGGAUCGUGCCAAGCAAAUAUAUAAGAGCUUGGUUGAGCUUAGUGAUGUUGUUGAUAAGGACAAAUAUACUUUUCAAGGUAGCCGUGGUUGGGUACAGAAAUUCAUUAAACGAUAUAAUUUAGCCAGCAAACUUGUGCCAGGUGAUGCAACAUCAGAUGAUACAGAGACUACUCGGCGUUAUCUGGAAGAAUUUUAUAAAAUGAUGAAUGAGGGUGGAUAUUUACCGUGUCAAGUUUUUAAUGCAGUUGAAACAGCCCUUUAUUGGAAAAAGAUGCCCGAAAAAAGUUACGUAGCCAAAGAGGAGGCCAGGACGACAGGGUUUAAAGAUGCUAAAGACCGUGUGUCUCUGUUGUUCUGUUGUAACGGCUCUGGUGAUUUCAAAGCUAAACCACUGCUUAUCCAUCAUUCUGCCCGGCCUAGUCCUUUCCAGAACAUUAGCAUGUUAACUCUCCCUGUGCACUGGCGUGCUAAUAAAAAUGGGUGGAUGACUAAAGUGAUUUUUGAAGAAUGGUUUAUGACCCACUUCCGCGCUGAAGUGAAAGAAUACUGUGCCAGAAAGAAUAUUUCUUUUAAAGCAAUUCUUGUGUUAGACAAUUGUCCUGGCUAUUCUACAAACUUAAAUGACCUUCAAAAUGAAAUCAAAGUGAUUUAUCUACCGCCUAACACCCGGACAUUGCUGCAACCUAUGAACCAAGAAGUGAUGGCCACAUUUAAGCUUCUCUAUCUUGACCUUACCUUUGAGAAUAUACACAAGGCACUGGUGGACGAUGAGGAACUAACUGUUCGGCAAUAUUUGAAACGAUUCAACAUUCUACACGGUGUCCGCUUCAUUGGCAAGGCUUGGCAAGCUGUAAAUCAAGGAUGUCUUUUGAAUGGAUGGCGCAACUUAUUGCCUGACACAACUCCAGACUUCGUUGGGUUUGAAGAGGAUAACAUGACUCGAGUUCUGAACAUGGCAAAAGCAUUACCUGGGGAUGGUUUUCAAGAACUCGAUGAAACCGACAUUUGGGAUAUGAUGGAAGCUCCCGAACGAGAAUUAAAUGAUACAGAGGUGUUGGAAUUAGUCGACGAAAGACAAAACGACAUAGGUACAGAGGACGAUGACUGUGUAGAGUCUAGUCCAACAUUAACCAUGUCAAACCUAAAAAAAAUAAUGUCCUACUAUGAGCAGUUGACUCAACUCAUACAGGAAGCAGAUCCAAGUUUUGAGAGAAAAGAAUCUGUAACUGCCAUUCUAGAUCGUGGCAUUGCACCCUACAAGGAAAUUUAUAGGGAACGACAGGCAUUAAAUAAGCAGUCGAUGAUAACUCCUCUCUUUGGCAGUUUUUCUGAUUCUCCAGCACCGCAAAAAGAGGAACCAAACAGUCACUUAACGACACACAAACGUAGUCACACAGGAGAUAAACCAUAUCACUGUGAUAUCUGUGGUAAUUUUGAAAAUAUGCAAAGACUUAGUGAAACAAUUGUGACAAUAUUAGUCUGGGGUUUGGAACAUAAAUUAACAUGA